AAGAACUGUCAAUUGUCAAACUAUAAUUUUGAAAAAGGAUAAGUCUGCCGUUUGGUUUCGUAAAUAAAUAUGGAUUUUACACCAGAUUUACUUGCCUUUCAAGGCGUUUUUAUUUCCACAGACAGCGUUCAUCCAUUCUCAAGGUUGACCGUAAAAGGCGGAAACGAAGAAAAGGUCAAAUACAUUAUUGAACAUAUGUAUCAAUUCCUCAAAGACAGAAAUUUUAUGGACGAAAAUAAAGUAUUAUCCAAAGAACAUACACGUUUAAUUCGUAAAUUUAUCCUAUACAUUAUUUUAAACGGGAAUUUCAAAACAUUAGAAAAGUUGGUAGAAAAAGACGAUAUUGACUCAGUAAUAUGGACCAUACCAACUGUGCCACAUUAUUUAAUGUGUGAAUUAAUUUGGAGCUUCCAGGUAGAACAUUUUGUGUAUGAAAUCAUCUCAUAUGCAUACCCUCCACUUGCUGUCGAAGUGACUGGAGCGUUUAUAGAAAACACAAAGUACUACAAUCCAUUAGACUGUUCACAAAAGUUGGCAAAAAUAUCAUUAGCAUGUUAUACAUUAAUUUGCAGAUUAAACAUGUUUCAAUUUCCCGAACAAGAAAAUAAUACUUUAUUAAGUGAAACCUUAAAGCAUUUCCAAAAUUGUACCAAAAACUUUGUUGAACCUCCAAAUAGUUACAAACUGGAAACGCUUCAAAAAGAUGAAUUAUACAUACACAAUGGAAGUUGGCUUAGUUCAGCUUUAGUACUACUUUAUGAUUGCCUUGAAAGAUACACAAAAAUACAUGAAAAGGUCCCUCCUGAUUUUGAUAUUAUUUAUCAAGUAACUUACAUAGCAGCUUCAAUAAAUAAAAAUAUACAAUUUUACAACAUUAAUGACUGUCCAAAAAAUGUAUUAGAAACCAUAGGAAAUUGCAACACAAUACUUUUAGAUGCAUGCCAGAAACUAAUAAUGGAUGUAAAUGUUGAUAUAUUCUGUGCUUGGAGUGAGUUUGAAGAAAACGGAAAAACCAAACAGCAAUCUAUUGGUGAAUUGUGUCAUAAAGUAUAUACAAAAUUGUCAAGCAUACCUGUUUUGUGUGAACAUCCAAUAGUUGCCAUGCUACAACAGAUUUCUAGGAAACCAAUCGAAGCAAAAGAUGUUAUAAACUCAACUGAUGUUUGUAUGAUCAUUGAGAACAUAAACAAAAAUGAUGAUGAUAAGGAAUCCUGGUUACAUGCUCUUCUCUACAAAGAUGAUUUGUGUGCCUACAGAGAACUUCUUGAUGUUAUUCAUCCUAACAUAAAUAAAUAUAGUCCGCAAGAGUGUUUAAAACUGUACUACAUCUUGAAACAGGGCAUUGUAAACAAAGGCCAGACAGAAGUAUUGGCUGUGAAAGCUUUCCAUCAUUGUGAUGUUUCUGACAAACAUAAAAUACUAACUGAACAUUUUGUCAACAACUGCUUUUUUGAUAUGAAGGAAAAUGAACUCUUUACUGAUAUGAGUACAGAAUUUUUCAAUAAAUUAAUUGCAACUUCCAAUGCUGAUAUUACUGAUGUACUCACACUCUUCUUGCAGAGCCCAAAGAAAGUUUUUGAUAAAAUUUUCAACUUAGCCACAGAAAACAGCCAACAGGGAGAUAUUAUGUUACAAGUAAUGAAAUUAUUAGACAACUAUUGUAAUUAUUACUAUGAAGUUGAUACUGAACCUUGUAUUUUCAAAGCAUUGCAGAAUAAUCUGGAAAUCUGUAUAGAUACAGAAGAGAAAGAAAAUAACUUUAUAAGAUUUAUUUCUGCAUUAAAAAACUAUGGCAUUUUAAUUGGAUCUAAAUUGCUAUUAUUAACAAUAAUGCCAAACAUUCACAAAGCACUCCUAAAUAAAAAUAUCAAUAAUAUUAAUAUGCAAAUUAAGUUAUUACAAAGUGCUUACACUAUAGAAGAGCUAUUAGAAUACAGAGCCCCAAUGUUGGCAAUGUUAGCCCAGGUCAUGGAUAUUGUACGGUGGAAAAUUCAUACAUUUGUCACUUCAGCACCGACUACUUUACAAAGCACAAUCGAACUUCAAACCUCAUUUAUGGAGACAUAUGGCACCAGCAUACCAGUGAAAGAAGAAAAUUGGUUAAAAUCAAAGUUGAAAAAUACACAUCCACUAAACACUUACUACUACAGGAAAAUAUGGAAUCCACCAGGCAAUAACUUUUUAGAAAUUAUAACUGGUACUAAGAUGAGGCAACACAGUUCUAAAGACGAUAUCACAACAACAUUGAUACAGAUAAUAUGUUCAUGCACACAAGAAGAGUGGUUUACUAUUUGGGAUUGUCUUGCUAAUUUUGAAGCUAAAAUAGUUUUAGAUGCCUAUUAUGAAGCCAUGUCUUUAAUAGCAAGAAUAGAAAGAGACAAUAGAACUAAUAAUACUUGGGCAUGCAUUUUGUAUUGUUACAGAACUCUUCUACAUUGUACCCGGUACAAAUUCUUCAAAGAACCAUUAACAAACAAUCAAAUACUAGAUGUUAUUAAUAACAUCACAAGAAUGCCGAUACUCUGUGAUGGACCAAAAGAAGACAUGGAACCUUUACUGCUUCCUCUUCUAGCUUAUAUAGCUGAACGCAAAAAUGAUUAUUCAAUUGAUCUCUCUAGCUGUGAUCUUGUCAAAUAUGAAUGUCUGGUCACUAUUAUAAACAACAUAUUUUCUAAGAAAUAAGAAUAAUAGUCGUUGAUAACUGAUAAUAAAACGUUUUCAGUUGUGAUGUUAAGCUUUGGUAAAUGUAAAUGUUCGUUAAAUAUAAAUAUUGAAGUA